GAACGAACGCCCAAAAGCUCAAAAAAAAAAAAGUUUUUUAAGAUUUGCCGCAUCGACACACACACAGACGACGGAGCAGACGACAUCGUGCGACGGGUGGUGGUGGUGGUACGGGCGGCGCCGUUGAUCUCGGAACGGGGCAUGGUGGAGGGGUGAUCUUGGUUCAGGUGCAUUGUUUGGCAUUGGGUGUGGGCGAUGGUCGCGGCGCGCGAGGCAGGUGGGGCACUGGAAGUCUUGCAAGCGACUUGAGCCCGACGUGACACAACUUGCCUGCUCGUGCAGCAUCGCACCAUCACGGCCCUGGAUCUGGCUGAGCUGAAGAUUGCCUCCUUGAACUUGGGCGUUGCCUGCACCAUCCUGGGGCAAGGGCCCUUUAUUCUCCUGAAUGUUGAAACUUGGUGAUCUGCGCUCAAUCCCGACCGGCGCAAACACACCAUGUACUAUCCCGUCGGUCUGCCCAGUGUUCAGGCCCUGGGCUUGAGCGGUCCCAUGAUCGGUUGUGCACUGGCUCCAGAUGGCGGGCUGGUGUGUGCUUUGACCAAGCGCGAGCUGGUCCUGCUGGAUGCCAAUGCUGCCGCUCUUCUAGCCGUCGCCCGCUACCCCUUGCAGCAUGGAGCCUUUGCCCACCUGGUCUGGCAUCCCGACGGCCAAUCAGUGGCUUGCGCGACCUCCCACUUUAAAAUACUCUUUUUUCGCGUCACCCGCCAGCCAGAGCCCAGUUGGCAACUCAGUACAACCCAAGCCUCCAACUUGGCCUCAACGGGCCACAGCGAAGACUUGCUCAGCUUUGAACUCAACUGCGCCUUUGACGAAGCCACUCAGGCUGCCAUCGUGGCCGAAUGCCGAGCCCCAAUCCUUGCACUGGCUGCCACGCCCCUCAACGUCAUUGCCAUCACCCUGGAGGGGGACGCAGAGUUUAUUCAAUGGCUAGCCAACAUUCGCCUGCAACACGCCUGGAAUUUCACCGGUGUUCCGGCCUCCCCCCUCCCCCAGACGAAUGACCAUGCCGUCCCCGAUGCUUCUCGCAAAGCCGUCUAUGUUUCCACUGCGUCCACGCUUCUGACAAAUGCCAGUGCCGGUGCCGUGCUGUACCAGCUUGAUCUUGAGCAAAAGACAACCACGGUUUGUCCCACUCGCGCCGCCCCUGAUUUCUAUCACCCUGCUAUGAAGGGCACGAAAUCGAUCGCUCACCCCACGUCCACCCACCACCCGCAGCGUGUCCCGGGCCCUCGAGGCAUCCGGCCCGGGCGUUGUGGCGCGUUUGCCGUAUCGCCAGACGCAUCCCUGGUGGCCUUUGUAUGCCCCGGUAGCCACUCGCUUGAUGUCACACGGCUGGGUGCCAGUGCUAGCCAGGGCAUGCAACACCUCUAUCGCCUCGUUCUUGAUGAGUUCUUGCCCGCCCUUCCCGAAAGUGCCACCGCCCGUCUUGACGUGCAGUGGACCCACGAUGCAGCGGCCCUCGCCGUGCUGGCGGGCGUGGCUACCGGUGCGGCUUGUGAGCUCUUUUCGACCUAUGGGCUUCAUUUGGCCUCCAUUCGGCUACCGGCCUUUAACCACCUUCUCCCGCUCUUCAUCACCUGGAACGCCUACAGCAGUGCUUUGCGCUGCUGGCAAUCCUCGCUCGAACCGGCCUCUGGCAUCGAAGCGCAUGGAGUCCCCUUGCGCAUCGUGACUCACCGCACCUGUCGCUCUGCCAGCAUCGAGUCCGCCUCGGCGGCCCACGCCAGCGAGGCAAUGCUGCUGGGACAUUCUGCCGUAUACAUUAGCGUCGAGCUCCAACAAAAUCUCACCUCCACCGAGAGUCUCGAGCGGCUGUGUAGCGCCGCCUGGCGACGUAUCACGGUGGCCGAGGCCUAUGCGGGCCGCAACGCACCUCUCCGAUUUGCCACGCUGUCCGAUGAUAGUUCGCACCUGGUCGUGGCCGGUACCUCCGGCUUUGCCGUCUAUGCUUUGAGCAGCAACAAGUGGCGGCUCUUUGGCAAUGAAGCGCAAGAGGCCACCUUCAGUUGCAUGACGGCACCCGCUUGGCACGGGACCCGGCUCAUCGUGCCGGCCCGUCUACGCGAAGAUUCCGCUGGCGUGCAAUGGCAGCUGCAAGUCUAUCCUCUCGAUCGCAAGCUAGGCAUUCAAGAGAUUGGGUUUCGCCUUGACCUGGCUGCGCCGGUUUUAAGCCUGAACGUCAGUGGAGAUCUUGUCUGCGCUCUGAUGGCCAACGAACGCGUGGUGCUCUAUCAAAUCACAGAGUCGGAUCGGCUUGAGCGUCUCGGAGCCAUCGAUCUGCAACUCGAAGCUGGUGUCCGUCUCGAUGCCCAUGCCUCUGUCAUGUUGGGCCCGAGUCUCGACCCUUCCGAUGAUGAAACUCUCAAGGCAAAAACCGCUGCCGAAGACCCGGCUCAAACCCUCGGCGAGGAGCCCGCGUCUGCGCUUAAGGACUCGACUCAGACUCUUUUGCUUCGAGUCAACGGCGAUCUCUACACUUGUCAACUGGAUCUGAUUCACGCUGAAGAGGCCUGGGACGUGCAGAGCCGUGGUCCCCUUGUGUUACUCGCGCAAAAUGUCGAGGCCGUGCUCGCGCCUCGUCCUGAUGCACAUGCUAAUCACAUGCUUACCUCUGCUCUGUGGCUUAACUGUGGCAACGCCGGCCUGAAGGUGUGGAUGAAGACGGUCAAUGAGCAUCAGCGACACGCCCAACGGCUCAUGCUGACCAUGCCUUCGAUGAUCUACCCACUGGCGUUGCUCUUCAACCACGCGGUGGCCGUUGGUGCGACCGUUGACCAGACCACCCUCCACCUUGACAGCGACACGGUCCUUGAGGGCCAUCAGCUCAAACGGCGCACGCAACUCUUUAUGCAACACGUCUUGUUGAGCCUGCUUCGGCGCGGAUUUUUGGCCACGGCCAAUCUCAUUGCACAAGACUUGCAGUCGCUUGGGUACUUUAAUCACGUGGUGGAGCUCAUGCUUCACGAAGUGAUUGAAAAUGAUCCAGAACGGCCCCUGGGCGAUGGCAAGACGCUGAUAGCAGCCGUGGUAGCCUUUGUGCAACAGUAUCCCGUUUGGCGGGGCAUCGUUGGCCAGUGUGCCCGCAAGACCGACAUGUCCAAGUGGUCCAUUCUGUUUGACGUCACGGGCAGCCCCGUGGCAAUUUUUGAGGCCUGCCUUGAAGCAGAGGACUUUGUGACGGCAGCCUCGUACCUCAUGAUUAUGCAAGCCAGCGUGUCUGCCGAGCAGACUCGCCAUCACUCUUACCAACUUCUCAGCGCCUCCUUGAGCCGCGGCAACUGGGCAUUGUCACGCGACAUUGUUCGCUUUCUCAUGGCCACGCAAGAUCCCGCAGGCGAUGCCCACCAACACCAGGCCAUUCAAGACGCCAUCAUGUCGCAGACUAAGUACUUGCUGGCCCAUGGUCAACUCGUAACGGCUGUGCAAUUGUGUGCGAGUCUGGAUCAGGAUUUGCGCGGCAUUGUGAGCCGGCUCCCGAGCCGUGACUGCCGAGUCGAUGACUUUGGUGUGGCGCUCAGCCACUUGCUGUCUGAUUUUCCGGCACUGGGCACGGCCAUGACCACCCGGGACGUCGCCGUUGACAUGGUCGACAUGCUCAAUGAGACCCAACGUGUUCGAGCGGUCAAGACGGCGCUCUUUCGUGGCUUGGACACGAUUGCCCGGACAGCUGUUUUGCUAGAGUCGGACCAAGUCGACCCGGAUGACAUUGAGCGCACUCUGCCGGCAUCACCCACCAACACAGACCCUGCGACCGGACCAGCCUCUCCAAGCACGGCCCCGGCCUCUGAGUGCCGUAUUUCAUAG